GGCAAGCUUCGCUCUUCCCGCCAAACGCUACCACCCUUCAUCUGCCUUCUCGUACCACGAAGUCUCAUACCAUGUCUGAGCCGUCCGCGAAGCGCAAGAGGACAGACGACGAAAGGACAGCCGAAGCUGUCCGCUCCGACAUCUGGCUGGAUGACGGCAGCAUCAUCCUUCAGGCAGACAAUACGCAGUUCAAGUUCUACAAGGGUCUCCUUGCGCGCCAUUCUCAAAUCUUCUCGGAUAUGAUUGCCGUGGUGCAGCCACAGAACGACGAGCAUACUGUGGAAGGCUGUACCGUGGUCACGUUAUCGGACUCUGCGCAGGACGUGCGCUUUAUGUUGCUGUGGCUUCUCGACCCACGGUCGUACACGUUGAAGCCGACUGUCUCCCACAUCCUGUCCGCCUUGCGCAUGGGGCACAAGUACAUGGUUGUGCCACUGUGGGACUACUCUGUGGAGCGGCUUCGCGCAGAGUUCCCCACAACGCUGGAAGCAUUCUAUAAUCAGGACCACAAAUUCUGGUCUGCUGUUCACUCCGAGGACAACCAAAACGACAUUCUGCGACUCUCUGAGGCUGUACGAGAUGCCGGACUCGAGACCUUGUUGCCUAUGGUCUACUACCGUGCUCUGCUGGAGUGUCCCCUGAAAACAAUAUCCAAGGGUGGCAUUGGGAAUCUGGCGGGAUUACCUUGCGACCCCGCCCACGCUAGCCUUGACACUCGUGUUGUUCUUCUCACCGCUCGUGGUCAGAUAAUCGCAGAAUUCCGAAUCAUGGACUAUUGGUGGACACGACUUGCCGAGGCCGACGAUUGUGAGCAGGAGGAGGAGUGUGAAGAAGCCCGGCAACGCAUCCAGCUUAUGGCCUGGAGUCAGUGUUCCCCACGCACGAGCUCCGACCCGGCAUUGAGAAUUUUGCGGAGACGGACACAGGAAGAUCAAACGAAGCUCAAGGUGCAUGGACUGUGCAAGGAUUGCAUAGAUGAGGCGGAGGAUGUCUACAAAGGCAAUCAAGAGUCGUUCUGGCAGGAGCUGCCUUUGUACUUUGGCCUUGGCGUGUGGGAGGAUCUGAAGGAUUACUCUCUGAACUAGGUGAGCAGCAUGAGUGGCACGUCGAACGAAUGCCUGAUCCAGCCAUUUGCUCUUUUGUCGCUAGUAGUGUUCGCCUUCAGCGAGCGGCAAUCUCGC